AUGUAUUUGAACAAUUUUGAUACUAAUACAACACAAGUAAUAUUUGAGCUUCAAAAUGGACUUCAAAAGAGAUUUUCUAACUUGGAAAUGAGUAACUUCUUAACAAGGUGUACUUUUUUGGAUCCAAUAUUUAAGCAGUUUCCAUUGUCUGAAAAUACAGCAACUGAAACAAAGAAUAACAUUAUAAAUGCAACAACUCAAGUAACCAAGAAUAAAUCAGAUAAUCUACAAGACCAGAUAGCAAUAACACCUACAAAUGACACUCUGGUUGAAAGGGAUGAAUUUUGUAUUUGGAACAGUUUUGACACAACAGCAUCAAGAAUAGCACCUCUAGCUACCAAUACAUCGAAAGGCAUUAUAGAGGUUAAUAUAGGGGAAGCUUUAUUAUUAAUUACAGGAGAUCCAUUAAAAUGGUGGAAGGAGCAUGGUUAUAACUACCCAAAUUUAAGCAUAUUGGCAAGACAAAAGUGCUGUUCUAUGGCAAAAUCAGUACUUUGUGAAAGGGUUUUUUUCAAAAGCUGGAUUUGUUUUUAA